AUCAAUCUUAGCUAAUCAGCCAUGAAAACCCACCAACCCAAACUCAAACCACCACCUCGUCCUCUCUUCUCUUGUGGUUUCUUUCGCUACUGCACUCAAUCUGUACUCAGCCCCACCAAUCCCAACCCGCCGGCGCUACCUCUUUCAGAACAACCGCCACCACCACCACCACCACAACCCCACUCCGAAUCUUCUUCUUCAUCGAAUACUUCACAAAGCUUCACUCAAUGGAGAUUCUCUCACACACCCAUCUCAACCAGCAAUAUCCUGGCGGACCCAUCGCCGGAAACAACCCGAAUGCACCACCAAUCACCUCCGCCGCCACCUCCUCCGCCACCUGUUAUUAUUUCAGACCUUCAAGAGCUUUUCCACGUGGCAGAGCUUCAGUUCAGUACGGGUCUCGAUUCGGACAAAGUGAAGGCAAUCUACAUGCUGCAGUAUUCGUUGGUUAAUCCACGCGCCGCCACGGAAGGUGGAGAGUUGGUGUCGUGUCCACCGGCGGUGAUGAGAGGAGUGUUGGGUUGUUUGAAGGAUAAAGCGGUGGCGAAACCGGCAACCAAGGUGUUGUUGGCGCUUUGUUUAGGUGAGUCUAACAGACACGUGGCGGUCGAGGAAGGGGCGGUGGGGAAAGUUGUGGAGGCGCUGGUGGAUUUGGACGGUGGUGCGGUGGCGGAGAGGGCAUUGGCGGCUUUGGAGCUUCUUUGUACGGUGGCGGAGGGGGCGGCGGAGUUGAGAGCACACGCGCUGGUGGGGCCGAUGAUGGUGGAAGUGAUGAGGAGGAUGGAAACCACCAGGGGGCGGGAGAACGCCAUCGGGAUCUUGGCGGUGAUAUUCGGCGGUACCGGAGGAGAUGCGGCGGUGGGGUUUGCACCGCAAGAGGAGGUGGCGCGUGUAGUGAUGCUGGCAAUGCAAGGGGAUUGUAGCGCCAGAGGAAGGAGAAAAGGGGCCCAGCUUCUGAAAAUUCUUCAAGAAAAUGAACGUUUAGAUAUAACGCAAGAAGUGGGAUGAACGGCCACGAUUUCAUCUGGAGAAUGUAUUAUUUAAAAGACCAAUUAUGCGAUUUCUUUCUGUA